AUGCCCAAUCAUUUGGGACUCAUCGAUCAUUUCAUAUUCAUGUCCGCAAUCGAUCCCCUUGGUGCCGAUGUGACAGGAACGUGGCUCUAUGUGAUCUAUAGCGUAUGGAUUGGAUUUCCACUUGGUGUUCUUUGGUGGAUUCAUGGCAAUUAUUUUAUAAAUAAUGCGCGGCCGAGUGAAAGGCAAGAGCAAUUGGAAGAUUUACGAAAACACUUCCUAUAUGAAUAUUAUAAUAAAGAUAGGAAGUGGAUUUGCUUGUAUCCUGAAGGAUCGAGAUUCUAUAGGAUCAAGAAAAGCAGUGAAAAUUUUGCAAAAAAGAACGGAUUGCCAAAAUUGGAUCAUUGUGCGUAUCCGAGGAUUGGUGCGGCACACACAAUCGUAGAAAACUUUGGACCAACUAUUGAGAAUCGUAAUCUCACGAAACACAAUAAGCCAGCUCUUAAAUAUCUUGUGGAUGUAACACUUGGAUAUGAUGGAGGAGUUGUGACGAGCAUGGGAGAAGCAUUCUUCGGAAAAUGGAAAUCGAAGGAGCUUGCCUUCUAUUUCGAGACGAUAGAAAUGGAUCCCAGAUGGCAAGACGUCGACGAAUUCAAAAAAUUCAUGUUUGAAAGGUAUCAGAAGAAGAGCAAAAUUCUCGAGGAGUAUUAUUCAACAGGUAAAUUCCCAGGACCUGGAAAGACUGUACAGUAUCCCAAUGAUGUCAUACUUAUUGUGUUCCAGAUGAUCACACUUAUUGCGUUUUUGGUUCUCUAUAAAAUUUGUUUCAAACCUAUUUUAUGUAUGAUUUAUAAUAAAAUCUUUUGUUAA